AUGGAGAGCUUGAUGAACCGCAUGUACAAGAAGAAGCAGGCUCAGCGGCCGCAGCCGCAGCAGGAGCUGGGCCCAGUAAGAUCCGAUUUCAUGAAGAAGACUGAGUUGCAAACCGUCAAAGAGGCAGACAGUCAGUCCAUGCUCUCGAGCCAGCCGUCUUUCACAAAGGAGCAGCCGAAGAAGAAAGUGCCGCUGGCGGAUACGAGGAAGGGCCGCAUUCUGGAUACAGCGGCAGCAUUUGUCGGGUUGCCGCACGUCUGCAGCAAUGAGUGA